AUGGCGGAGACGCCUGGACGCCAGACGAUAUCGCCACUUGAAGGUGAAAUGACCCACGCUUGGGAUAUGCCAUGGCCCGUGAAGGAAUGCCAUCUGUCUUUGGCGACGGAAGAGAGUUGCACACCGAGGAGACGGGGAGGACAGGGGGGGCCCGAACUAACCCGUGAGUCAGGCGUAUUGAUUCGGUGUGGCUCUGGGCAGCUCCCCGCCGAUUGCAGUGACUCACCCGAGGAUCGUAAACCUGCCCAACAGGCUAUUAGGGCCCACGUCUUCAUUAUGCGCCGUCGUCGGCAGGUAAACAUAACGCAGUUCGCGUUGAGUCCCGUCGGACACUGCCGCUUGAAAAGACGGCUCAGGCUAUUUCAAUGA